UUUAAAACAUUAUAUGAAAUAAAAAAUAUAAAAAAUCUGCCGUAGAAGUAGUACUACUUAAAAAUUUAACCGAGUUUCUAAACAUGGUCAAAGGUAAGAGGUUCGUGUUAAACAAGGUCUUCGAAGGAUUUCCAAAAGAAGAUGACUUCAAAAUGGAGGAAUAUGAGUUGCCAUCAAUAAAAUAUGGAGAGUUUUUAACAGAAGCUGUCUAUCUCAGCGUCGACCCAUACAUGAGAGCCUACAUAUCUGAAAUGUCUGUGGUUGGGAAAACCAUGAUGGGAACUCAAGUUGCUAAAAUAUUAGAGAGCAAAAAUGCAAAGUACCCUCCAGGUAAAUACGUUGUUGGUACCUUUGGAUGGCAAACUCAUACAGUUUCCAAUGACGAACGACUUCGCUUGGUUCCAGAUCUUGAAGGGUUGCCUCCUUCACUUUGUCUUGGAGUACUAGGAAUGCCAGGAAACACAGCAUAUUUUGGAUUUCUUGAGAUAUGUCAACCAAAACCAGGUGAGACUGUUGUAGUUUCAGGAGCUGCCGGAGCUGUUGGCAGCCAUGUUGGUCAAAUUGCAAAAAUUAAAGGAUGCACAGUUAUAGGCAUUGCAGGAUCAGACGAAAAAGGAAAAUGGUUGACGGAGGAACUUGGAUUUGACCAUUUUAUCAAUUACAAAACGGCAAAUGUAGCGGAAGAACUAAAAAAUGCUGCACCCAAGGGCGUAGACUGUUAUUUUGACAAUGUUGGCGGAGUACUUAGUUCCGCAGUUAUACAACAAAUGAACCUCUACGGUAGAAUAUCAGUAUGUGGAUCAAUUUCAAGUUACAACGAUACUGAAACACCACUUGCUCCUAUGCUCCAACGAGGAUUUACAAAUAAACAACUCAAAAUGGAAGGAUUCAACGUUAGCAGAUGGCAUGACAGAUGGAUGGAAGGUAUUAAUCAGAACCUGGAAUGGAUCAAACAGGGUAAGAUCAAAUACCAUGAGACCAUCACUGAGGGAUUCGAAAAUAUGUUCAAAGCUUUUACUGGAAUGUUAAAAGGAGAAAACACAGGAAAAGCAAUUGUAAAAGUUUAAAUAAAUUUUUUAUAUUUGCAUUUAUUUUACCUUAAA